GGCUGAGAUAACUUCAAAAUUCCAUGGCUCAACUUGGUUCUCUCUCUGCCGAAACGGAGACACUGAACCAUGUCUUGAGGCUGAUGGAGGCCUUUCGGGCUUUUGACUCAGACAAUGAUGGAUCAAUAACUGCUGCAGAGCUUGGUGGAAUCAUGGGAUCGCUCGGGUACAAUCCAAGUGAACAAGAUGUGACGACAAUGAUGCAGAAAGGAGACACUAACAAGGACGGACUGCUGAGCAUCUCAGAGUUCUUGGACAUGAACACAAAGGAGUUGGAACUGGGGAGCCUAGCAACUUGUCUUAGAGGGGCUUUAGAAACUUUGGAUCUCGAAGGGGAUGAGGUUGUGACGGGAGAGGAGCUCUACCAAGUUGUGGGGACUACGGCAGCUCAAUUGUCGCCAGAGGAUUGUCAAGCAAUUAUUGCUUCUAUGGAUGGGGAUGGGGAUGGAUCUAUAAGCUUUGAGGACUUCAAACUUAUUAUUAGUUCGCUAUUUAGAUCGAUAGGGCUUCAUCCUUUGUAAUAAAGGGGUAGCAAUAAUCCAGUCUUUCUGGAGCUGUAUUCUAUCAGAUUAUGCUACGAAAAAGAUGUAAGAUUAUGCCAGAUACUAGGCAAGCUAAGCUCAUCCUUAUUCUACGACUAAUCAUAUGGAUGUGGAUAUACUUAAAUAAGAGUAAUGCUAUCCUCGACUAAAAAGUCUUUUCUUGGAU